AAUGUAAUCCCCAAAGCUUUUACCAUUUAAAAACUAGGAAAAAGGUGAGCAUACAAAUUCACUCGGGUGGUCAGUUUCUGACCCUACAAAUUUAGCAGAGCAUAAAAUAAGAAAUCGGGUUGGAAUCCACAUACGGAUCCAACCAAACGGUUCAUUGUCGGGUAACCUUAUCCUUCUCUCCCGUUACUGAAUCAACCGAAAAACAAAAAAAGGCAGUACGCUCUUCCAUUUCUUAAGAUCAAUGAACAAAACAAUUCUUUGGAUGAUAAAUUGGAGUUUAAUUUCAUGUUAAUUUAUUAAUUCGGAGAUAAAAACUUUCGUUACUUAAGAGAUUAAGAACUCCUCCACUAUUACAAUGUGGAUUGCAGCAACAUCAACGUCGAGUUCAACCUUGUCUUUCUUUCAAAUACAAUGCUCUGAUUCUAACCGUAAACGGGGUUUCGGUCCCAGAAAAUCCAAUCAAAAGGCUACAUCAAAGGAGGAGAAGGGUUUUAACUUACAACAAAGGAAAUCAGCUAGUAAGCAGUCCGGUCCUUCACCUGCUCCGGCACCUGGUUUAAGUGUUCAAUUUGAUGGAAAAUCUAAUAGCCAUUCCUUGGACAUCGACUUUGAGGAAAGGCUGGAAGCAAUUAGAAGGGCUGCACUUGAACAAAAAAAGGUAGAGGAACAAAAAGAAUAUGGACCAAUUGACUAUGAUGCACCUGUUGAAUCAGAGAAGAAAACAAUUGGUCUGGGCACUAAGAUUGGAGUAGGAAUAGCUGUUGCGGUCUUUGGUCUAGUUUUUACCCUUGGCGACUUCCUACCAGGAAGUGUCAAUCCACCUGAGGAAGCUGCAGUGAUUGACAAGAAACUGUCACGAGAACAGAAAGCUAUUCUUGAGACUAGGCUGGCACAGUUUGAGGCAACACUAAGUACGUCUCCAAAAGAUGAAACUGCACUUGAAGGAGCAGCAGUUACAUUAACAGGAUUAGGGGACUAUGCACGGGCAACUUCUCUGCUUCAAGAGUUGGCGAAGGUGAAAACAAGCGACCCGGAGGUUUUUCGUUUGCUUGGAGAAGUUAAAUAUGAACUUAAGGAUUAUGAUGGCAGUGCUGCUGCAUAUAAACUUUCUGCUGCGGUAUCCAAAGAUGUCGAUUUUGAGGUUUUACGUGGCUACACAAAUGCAUUGCUUGCUGCUAAAAGGCCAGCUGAGGCAGUUCAGUUCCUUCUGUCCUCUCGUGAAUGCCUGAAUAUGGAAAGAUCAACUAGGCCUGAUCCCAUGGCUGAAAGCAGUAAAAUGGAAACAGAAGCACAGAAUCUGGAUCCUAUUCAGGUUGAUUUACUUCUUGGGAAAGCUUAUUCAGACUGGGGCCAUGUUAGCGAUGCAGUAGCUAUUUAUGAUCAACUAAUUUCUAGCAAUCCGAAUGACUUCCGAGGUUACUUAGCCAAGGGAAUUAUUUUGAAAGAAAAUGGCAAUGUUGGUGAUGCAGAGAGGAUGUUUAUACAAGCAAAACGUCGGUGUUGUGCAGGCUCGAUUUUUUGCCCCGGAGAAAGCUAAAGCACUUGUAGAUCGCUAUUCAAGACAAUGAAAGUUCAUGUGGCAGUCUUAUGAUAUGAUGGAGUUUUUGGUUUAAAGAUUUUUCUUUUUUUCCACUUUCAAUCGUAGGACCGACAUGUUUCAUUCUCUUAUAUCCACAUCAACAUUUCAUAGGCAAACAAUGUAGGAUAGGUGACAGCCACAUUCAUAGCAAAUAGUUUGUACACAUAGCUUUCUUCUAGCUAAUUUAGAAUGACUUAGCACUCCUAAAAGAAGUUAUGUGUUGCCCAGCGCUUUCAAGUAGCUGUUGUAUGUUGGAAAAACCGGAAAUCAUAAGCAGUGAAAUUUUCACAAAA